GGCGUGGCGGGUGACAGAAGCUAGAGGUUUAGUGACAGGGGUGUGUUUUUAGUGCGUCUAAUAGGGGUGAGUGAAAGUGCAGCUGGUAGGGAAUUACGAGCAAGCAGGAAAUAAGCCGGAGCUCCCGGGUACCCAAAGAAGGAGGCCGAGUAUGACGCGUUUCGGUGCUGUGGAGAUUUCCGCCGGACUGAGCCACUCACAUAAACCUGUUAUGAAUGGAGUACAGCGCUGUGAGAACGGGACAUUGAGAAAUGGAAUGAUAGCUGAGGAGAAGGUCCAUAAUGGGGGUUUGUAUAAAAGAUCUUUUAAUGAAGCAUUUGAAGAGACCCCAAUGAUAGUGGCCGUUCUCACUUACAUGGGCUAUGGCAUCCUUACUCUGUUUGGGUACCUAAGAGAUUUCCUCAGAACUUGGAAGAUUGAGAAGUGUCACAUUGCAACUGAAAGGGAUGAGCAGAAGGACUUUGUGCCACUCUAUCAAGACUUUGAGAAUUUCUACACCAGAAAUCUAUACAUGAGGAUCAGAGAUAACUGGAACAGGCCAGUUUGCAGUGUUCCUGGAGAGAGAAUAGACCUUAUGGAGCGUUUUACUGAUGACUACAACUGGACCUUCAAGUUUACAGGCAGAGUGAUUAAGGGUGUAAUAAACAUGGGCUCCUAUAACUAUCUGGGAUUUGCGCAGAACACUGGAUUGUGUGCUGAUGCAUCUGCGAAAGCUUUGAGCCAGUAUGGAGUGGGAAUGUGCAGCACCCGGCAGGAAAUAGGAAAUAUGGAUAAACAUGAGGAGCUAGAACAACUAGUUGCAAAAUUUCUUGGUGUGGAGGCUGCCAUGACAUACGGAAUGGGCUUUGCCACAAACUCAAUGAAUAUCCCAGCACUGGUUGGAAAGGGCUGCUUAAUCCUCAGUGAUGAGCUGAACCACUCUUCUCUGGUACUAGGAGCCCGUCUUUCUGGUGCCACCAUUCGUAUUUUCAAGCACAAUAAGAUGCAAAGUUUGGAAAAGCUGCUGAGAGAUGCAAUUGUACAGGGCCAACCACGGACACAUCGGCCAUGGAAAAAAAUCCUAAUCGUGGUUGAAGGAAUCUACAGUAUGGAGGGCUCCAUAGUCAGACUGCCUGAUGUUAUUGCUCUGAAGAAGAAGUACAAAGCCUACCUCUACUUGGAUGAGGCACAUAGUAUUGGGGCUUUGGGUCCCAAUGGUCGUGGUGUAGUUGAUUACUUUGGUCUGGAUCCCAGAGAUGUGGACAUCAUGAUGGGAACCUUUACAAAAAGCUUUGGAAGUGCUGGGGGCUAUAUCGGGGGCAGCAAGGUUCUCAUUGAUUACCUUCGGGCUCACUCUCACAGCUCUGCAUAUGCCACUUCUAUGUCACCACCAGUGGCCCAGCAGAUCAUUAGCUCUAUGAAAUGCAUUAUGGGAGAAGAUGGAUCUACAGUAGGCCGGAAACAUGUGGAACAGCUGGCAGAGAACACAAAGUAUUUUCGCCACAGACUUACUGAGAUGGGAUUUAUUAUCUAUGGAAACAGUGACUCCCCAGUGGUACCGCUAAUGUUGUAUAUGCCAGCCAAGAUUGGUGCAUUUGGCAGAGAAAUGCUGAAGAGAAAUAUUGGGGUAGUGGUAGUGGGAUUCCCAGCAACCCCAAUUAUUGAAUCCAGAGCUCGAUUCUGUGUAUCUGCUGCCCACACAAAGGAGAUGCUUGAUGCGGCCCUGAGAGAGAUUAAUGAAGUGGGAGAUCUCCUGCAACUGAAAUAUUCUCGUCAUCUUUUUGUACCUUUACUGGACCGACCUUUUGAUGAAACCACAUAUGAGGAGACGGAGGAUUAAUAUCUUGAUGGAGAAGUGAGGGGGAGGGAGUCUGUGCCAACUAACAGGAUACUUCUUGAAUAUAUAUACACCUUGUCAGCAUCCCAUGCUGGGAGGGCUACGACAAUCUCUCCUUCUAUACACCUCUGUCUUCGAUUAUUUCUUGGAUGGAGAGGAGGUGCCGUUUUAUAGAUAUUUAAAUGUUUUCUAUUUAUUUGGAAACGGGACCAGUGAAAACUCCACAUCAUUAAGCUUGAGGUCUUCCUCGUACUAACCUUCAGCACUGUGGAUACGAUUUGUUGGCAGCUACUCAAGCUUAUUACUUACACUCAUUUGUAUAUAACGUACUUGCACAAAGUAUUGAGAUACAGCGCAACUCUCACACUGUUGAUUCCUCCUGUCUUUUUCAUUUUAAAAACCUUCUAACCUUACCUUCGCCAGAGCUGUGGGCAGUGAGUUGCUGCACCUGCUCUUGGAAUGCUUUCAUUUCAAAUUGUUAACAGCAUAGGUGCUAUUUAAUAUGCUGUCUGGGGUUUGCAAUACAACUUGCUGUCAGGAGUACUCUGACACAGAUUGGCUGGAUAGCUGUGUCUGAAAUCAGGCUUGUCACUUUGCCAUGACCAUUGUUUCUGCGAACUGUUUGAUGAGAUCCAUAUCGGGGGAAUUAAUUGGCACUGGACACUGCAGGGUGGAUUUUAUUUUACUAAAACAUCUGGGACCAUAUAUAUAUAUAUAUAUAUAUAUAUAUAUAUAUAUAUAUAUAUAUAUAUAUACAUAUUAAAGGAAUACUGUCAUGGAAAAAAUGUUUUUUUUUGCAAACGCAGACGUUAAUAGUGCUGCUAUAACAGAAUUCUGCACUGACAUCCAUUUCUCAAAAGAGCAAACUGAUUUCUUUUUAUAUUUAAUUUAUAUUGUCACUUUCCUAGCUGCUCCCAGUCAUGUGACUUGUGCUCUGAUAAACUCUUUACUGCUGUCCUGCAAGUUGAAGUGAUAUCACCCCUCCCUUUCCCCUCAGCAGCCCAACAACAGAACAAUGAGAAGGUAACCAGAUAGCUGCUCCCUAAUGCAAGAUAACGGCUGUCUGGUGGAUGCAACAACAGCACUCAAUUGCAAAAUACAGGUCCCACUCAAGACACAUUCAGUUACAUUGAGUAGGAGAAACAACAGUCUGCCAGAAAGCAGUUCCAUCCUAAAGGGCUGGCUCUUUCUGAAAGCACCUGACCAGGCAAAAUGACCUGAGAUGGCGCCUACACACCAAUAUUACAACUAAAAAAAAUAUACUUGCUGGUUCAGGAAUUAAAUAUUAUAUUGUAGAGUGAAUUAUUUGCAGUGUAAACAGUGUAAUUUAGAACUAAAAACAUCAUAAAAAUCAUGACCGAAUCCCUUUAAUGUUACAGGCUGAAAUAUCAGACCAAACUUUGCAUAAAUGGAGGAUGAUGAGAUCCGAUAAUUUGCAGAUGUAUAAAGAAAGUUCUGAUUGGAUAAUAUGGGUUCUAAUGUUUACUUGUGCAAAUGUAACUUUCUAAUGUUUGCUAAUGCAGACUUUUUUUUCUAAAUGUACAUUUCACCAGUUCUGAAAACAAGCUUCUAUAGAAACGCCCCCAUUCAGCUUCUUUGAGUCCUGCAGUCUGUCUUAUUCACUUGAAAUCUCUGAAAUGGCCUUAAAUUGUAUGUUUUUGGUAUGAAGUUCAAAGUAACUGACCCGAAAGAAUUCAGACUUGUAUGUCCCUUUCUAUGUGAUAAUACUUUAACGUUUUUUAUGUUCAUUACUUUUUGGUAAUGAUUGAGAAAUGUCCUUGUUAAUGCUCUUAUAAAACAGUAUGUCAUGGAUGUUGUGGCACACAAGUCAAAGUGAAAUAUCUGAUUUGUGAGAUUGUAAGCUGCUUAAAAAGAAUAAAAAUCCAAUUAUU